AGAACUUCCUUUCAAUCCUUUUCACCCUCAAAAGAAAUAUAAAAUAGCACGUACAUUAGAUGUCUUACUCUGACUUUUGCUUCCAUUAAUCAUAGCAAGUGCAAGUCAGCAGUAAAGAAAGUAAGCUGGCACAAGAAAGUGAAGUGCAGCAAAAAGAGCAUGGUCGAUAUUGGAAUUGAGGAUAUGUUCCUCCCUGUUAUUCCUCCACUUUGGAUGUGGUUAUUGUUUUCUCCCUCGCUUUGUUUCUUUGUAAGCCAAAAGCAGAACCAAGCUUAAUUAUUCCUUGGACACCAAAUCAGCCCUAUAAAAAUGGUCUAUUGGAGUCUUGUUCCAUGGCAUACUUGGAAACGUAAGAGAAUAUAUCUUUCCAGAAAUUUGAGAUGGCUAGUAGUUCCACUCAACCCCCCAGACAGUACGAGCAAGAUUGCCACAUCCUUCACUGUUAUUUCUCUGGCAAUAUUGGAGCAAUCAACAACAAAAAACUUGUUGAAAUAUUUGUCAAUGGAGACUCAAAUGCCCUCAAGGUCGUUCGCCAGACCUACAGUUCUAGGUAUGGCCAAGAUCUUCUUCAGCUCAUGUCAAAUGUUCAGAGGAACAACUCGUUUGCUAGGAUUGCUUAUCUCCGCAUGGUUGAACCUCAUGAACGUGAUGCUCAACUAAUGAGGCAUUCGUUGUUCGGGGUGAGUCUAAACCUCAAUACUCUCAUUGAGGUGGCUUGCACCAGACCAUCUUCGGAGCUGCUAAGAAUCAAGCAAGCCUACCAAACUCGAUAUAAUUCUGACCUCGAAAAGGAUUUAACAAUGAAAGUCAAUGGUGGAUUCAAAGAGAUUCUGCUGGCUGUUCUGAAAUCUUGCCGCAAUUAUGGUGGUAAAGCUGACAUGAGCCUGGCCAUGUGCGAUGCCAAGACUCUAUAUGAAGCCCUCGAAAGUGGGAAAAACAUAGAUCAGAAGACAGUAACUUCAGUUUUGAGUCAAAGGAACAAUGGCCAAGUCAGAGCAAUACUAAGCUCCUACAAACAGCUAUACGGCCACGAAUUCCGUAAGUCCAUUAAGAGAAGCAAAUGUGGGCAAUUUGGAAAGGAACUUCGGGUCGUAAUCCGGUGCAUACAACAUCCCGAGAAGUUUUUUGCAAAACAAUUGAGAAUGAAAAAUGCUGAUGGUAGAGAGAUUCUGAUUCGAACAGUGGUUACUAGGUCCGGGAUAGACAUCAAAGGGAUAAACAAAGCUUUUGUAGCAAAAACAGGCAGCUCUUUAGAAAACCUUGUGAUACGGGAACUCAAUAGUUGUAAGGACAAGACUAAUGACAUUGCAGUCGGUAUCUUGGUCGGGCUGAUCAAAAGCUGUUGAGGACAUUUUAGUGGAAAAAAUUGCUGGAACAUGGCGGGUUUGGUGCAUAAAUAAAUUGACUGGUAAAUAAUACAAAUAAAGAUAGCAUCAUGUUUCUCAUUUGAAUUCCUUGUAAUUAUAUAUGUAAUGGGGUCCUCGUUCUACCCUAUGGCUAAGCAUUGUUUUUUCUUUGGGAAAACAGACAAAGAUUCAACUAAGUGGCACCACAGGCAGGUAGUUUUUAUGAAUCUUUAAGUUGUUUAAUACAGGCAAGUGGCUAAAUUUAGAAUAUUAUUAUAGUAGGAAAAA